AUGCCGGGAUUCCAGAUCCACAUCGCGCGGUUCGAUGUCGAGCCCGCGGAUGACAUACACCCGUGCAUUAAUGACGCUCCUUUUGCAGCUGGCGGUGGGAGUCCCCUCUCAGCACAUCCCCGUGCGUCCCUUGUGCCGAAACCCGCCCGUCGAAAUUCUGGAUUUGUCACAUCGGAGGACUACAUGACGUGGUUCGAAUACAUGGAGGCUGUGUGCGGCUUUUUGUACGUCGCGGCGUCCAUUGCGUCGGGUGUGGUGUAUCUCCAGGUGCUGUAUCCGUCGUUUGCGAACGAAUUGACGUGGCCGUACUUCAACACGUCGACGCACUUGUUUAUUGGGGACCUGUGCAACCUGGGGCUACCUACGCAGUAUUGCUGGGUCGACUUUGACAAAACGUUUGAAAUGGCACACACGGCCGCCCGCCAGGCGCGAUGUGCUUCCAUGUACCACGCCAACGCGGCGGUGCAUUACGAAGCAAUGUUGCGCAACAUCCCAUGGGCCAAGUGGGAGACGUCCUUUGGCGGACCAAAUGGGUCGUUCACACGUGCUAUUGCGGCGGUGCAAAACGCAUUUGUGGACUUGCCAUCGGAAGCAGUGUUGUGGCGAGCAAAGGGGAUGGCGCAGUGGAUGCUGCGAUGGCACAACGGGUGGUCCCCGGGGGUGAAAGAGAUCAUUGAAGUCGUGGACGCAUACGGUUUCUUCAAUAAACUGAUUGUAAAGAGCCUGUCGUACAUGCCCCAAGCCACAGGCUCCAAGUCCACAGUGCUCAACAGCGUCAUCACCACCGACAUGCCGUUUGCAAGAUUGCGCAACUACUCCCUGGUGCGAGGCACGUCGCGGCAAAUUCCGGACGAGCUGAUUUUGUUCAACUCGGUCAUGGUCCCCACGCUAGUAAGUCAGUUGUGGGAGACCAACAUUGGGCCGUACGGGGCGAUCGACGCGGUGUGGGUGCCCGUGCCACCAAGCUUGGCUGACAUCGUCCAUUCGUUCCAGGGAGAUGUGCUGUCUCAACUGACGCGCAAUGCGACAGUGCUGGCCGCGGUGCAAGAAUUGGGCUACGAGUGGGCGCUGCCGACCCCACGUGCCUGGUCUGGCGGUGCAAACGUUCGGGUUGACGACAUGUGCUUGACGUCGUUGCAAUUGAGCGUCGAAAUGGACGCGAUGAGCGCCUUGUUUGCCCUACAGCACGACCCGAUCUUUGUAUCAAAAGUCCGCCAAACGCUGACGGGUAUGGUGCCUGUGCAAAGUAUGUCGACGUCCUUGCUCAUGGAGCUUCUCGUGGACGUUCGCGACGUGAGUGUAUUUCAGUUUGCCUUCCACGACACGUCUGAACUGCCUCUAUUUUUGACGCAACCGCUCUUGGAUCCAAACGACCAUGCUUGGAGUUUGUAUGGCUGGGUGAUGCUGUACGACUGGGCCAUGCAACGUCGGGAAGUGGUCCGGUUUGACGGCGAUGUCGACUCGAUCACGCUCGUGUCGAAACGAUACGACCCUCAGCCAUUCGUUCCAGGCAGCCUGGAUGCGUCCCAGCGACCGGACAACUUUAGCAAGUUUUUCGCCACGUAUGUCACGGUCGUGUUGUCGUGUGUGGGGGCCGUCAUGGUGGUAUAUGGAUGCAUCACGCAGUUCCGCGUGAUGGGUCGCAACCUCUUUCGAUUCAAUCGGGUUGUCGGGUCGGUGUGGGCAGGCAAAAUCAUUCAAUACGAGCGUGGCAUCACGGCCGUGGCGUUGCUGAGUUCUUCGACGAUCGAACUGCGCAAGACAAUGGGGCUAUCCUACUUUGUGUCGACGCGCCGGUCAACACUAGAGCUCUUGUUGGUGGCCAGCGAAGCGACUUGGGUGGCGUAUACCCUCCAAGACGUGUUGGCAGCGAUUUUCACAGAGCAUUCGUACUACGCGGCCCCAGUCAGCACGGCCUUCGCCUGGGCAACAUUGAUCGUUUUCGAAACGUUGGUUCCGUCGGCGCCGUAUCUGAAUUUAGAACGGACGUGCAAGACGUUGGUCGUGGGGACCCAGGUCGAGUGCCGCAGUGGCCAACUGCAUUUCGGCCAUCCCGUCCGGCUGAACGUCCUCGUGGGGAUGGAUCGUCCUCCGUCCCAUGCGUUCCUCGACAAAACGCUCGCCAGCGACCACCACAGUUUCUGCUUUGACCGGGUCACGUGCAUCAUGAGUGGCUUGAUCACAGUGCACACGGCGUACUAUCAAUACGUGUUCGACGUCAAGUCGUGGUCAAUCUACCGAGAGCCGUUUCAGCCACCAGAGUUUAAUGGACCACACGCAGCCCAAAUACCCGCGCGCGAAAGAGCGACGCGAUCGUUUCAUUCUUUCGAUCGAUUCAUGGCCGUGGCUGGACUGGCGUACAUGGUCAUAUCGGUGGCAGCUAGUGUCGUGUACUUGUCAACCUCGGCCGCGGACACGACCAAUGACUUCUGGUGGUCUCACUUCAAUGCGUCGGGAGGGUACGGGUACCUCGCAAACGAGUUCAACACGUCGUUGGACAAUCCCAUGUACGCCGACUCGACGCCGUACAACACGACCAGCACCGUGUUCAGUUCCAGUGCGCUGUACGCCAACAUUGUGCAAUUUGAAGUCGGGAACUCGCUGGCCAUUGCCAUCCAAGGCUUGAAGAACAUGGACAUUUGCGACGUGGCUCAAAUCAUGACGCCGUAUUGCUGGCUGGACUUUCACCAGCAGUUUCCCAUGGCAAACAGCGUGAAGCGACAGACGCGAUGCGAGCUCGAAUACACGAGCAACGGCGCCGGCGAGGCGUUGUGCUGGGACUUCCCGCCUAUCUUGGGCGAUGACUUUAUGGCGAGUGCUCACGGUGCCGAGUGGGUGCAGCGCAUCCAGACAACGUUGACGACAGUGGAGGACGAAGUGCGGUACUGGCGUGCGUUUGGUUUGACCCAUUACACGACGCAAUUCCAAAACUACAAGACGAUGGGGCUGGUCGAGUCGUUUCGUAUUCGAAACGCGCUGGGCUUCGAGUAUUCGUUGCCACUCAAGUACGGAAACGCGUCCAUGCAGUUUGGGGCUCAAACGUCCAUGAAAUUGUACUGGAGCUUCGCCAUGGACCUCUCCGUCGUGUUCAACAUGUACGGCUUCACGACGCCGACAUUGUCGCCCAGUUUGCUGGCGUCGAGUCCACAUUACGUUUACGCCAACGUGUCGCUGCACGAGACGUUUGUGCAACUUGGUGUGCUGCACGCGCCACUUGGGGCAGUGUACACAACGCUGACCAAGGUACUGGGGCCAUUUGGGUCGAUUGAUGCGCGGCAUAUUCCAGCGCCGCUAUCGCUACGACAGUUCUACUCGAUAGCGUCCAACACAAUUUCGGCGCUCAUGACAACCAACGCUGACGCGCAACUUGCGUACAACGACCUGGCGCUUCCGACCCAGUGGGUGCCUUGUCCGUUGGCCUUGAUCGGAGUCAAGCGGUACUCUGGAAGCAUCUUGUGUCAAGAUUUGUCGGCCACGUCCAGCACGACCAUGUUGUCGCUAUGGACGCAUAAUGGCUGCACCAGUGCGUCAGAAAAUCUGCAUCCGACGGGCAUGUCCAGUUUAAUUGCCGCCACGAGCGAAACGAGAUCGGUGGGCCGAUGCCAUUUGUUCCUGGACGAAGCAGCCAACUUGUCGCAGGCGUUCUAUUCCCAACAGAACCUCUCCACGCAUGCCGCCUACGCCCGGGCCGCCCAGCUCGACAUUUACACGCUCAAUGUGUCCUUGCUGCAAUUCCGGCACGACGACGGCACUGCGCUCGUGCACAACUUGUUCGCACCAGACGCGGCUGCGUUCUGGUUCUUCUCUUGGGGGCUUGUAUUUGAGUGGCUUUUGGGUAACCGGGACGUGGUGUCGUUCGAAGGAGACGAAGGGCGACUGAUGCUCAUGAGCUCAACCGCGUUUUCCGUCGAGUCGUUGCCCAACCCCAAUGUCAUUCUGUACCUCAUGUCCAGGUACACCCGCAACGUUGUUGUGUACAUCACAGUCAUGAUUGCCGCCGUGGCGGUGGUUACGGCCAUGUAUAUUGUCGGCAGCGUCGGCCGGGUCGAAGGAUGGAACGUGCUCGAAAUCAAUCGCGUGGCCGCCGUGGUGUGGGCCGGCCGGCCGCUUCUGUUUCUGCGGAGCCUCGUCGCGUUUUGUUUACUCAGUAAGUCGCAGCUGCACUUGACGCAGUUUGGACCCGUAGGGCUCAUGACUGCGUUUGAGUUUGACCAAUUGGAAUGGUACCGUGUCGUGUUGACGGCAGGGGAAGCCACGUGGUUUGUCUACGUCCUCUGCGACGUACUGAUUGUCGUGACCAAACAGCACAUUGCCGCAUACACGACGUAUUCCGGCCUGAUUGUAUGUGUCAUUGCCAUUACGCUCAGCGUGUACAGUCCAGUAAUAGGCACGGCCGUGGUCAAUCGCGUAUGCUCGUCCCCCGUGUUGGACUUCAAAUUGCAAUGUGACGCCGGAGUCGUGAGCAUUGGCAGCGUCACUCGCGUGUGGGAACUCGUCGGCAUCUCGCUCGUGACAGUGGGCGCCUGUUACUUGUUCCAGCUGAUCCGACACCUGAGCUUGCCCGACACAAGGCAUUCUGUGUCGCUCUUGCUCUCAUGUGGCGCCACGUACUUGUUUACGAUGGGCAAUUGGAAAUACAAGCACGGGUACUACUUGGACAAGGCGUCGGCCGUCAUCACUGGCCUUGUCUGCGUGCAAGUGAAACGCAAGUUUUACAUCCUCGACAUCAAGCUGUGGCGCAUGUUCGUGAUCGACAUUCCACCAGACUUGCAAGUCCCCAAGACCCACCCCAUGUACGACCGUGUUCGUUAUGCGUUUCCCUUGCUAAGCAGUGCCACUAGUGUGAAUGCGUAA